CCCUAGCACAACGCCGCACCCUUUCAUUUAUUCUUUCUUUUACAUAGACACGCCGUUCUUCAAUUCUUCAUAGUGUUCACCCUCUCCGAGUCUCCAAUGUCGUCGUCACCUUCAGUCCUUCACCCAAAUCAUCGCCUAUUCGCCUCUGCAUCUCCGUCGCUUUUUGUCAUUGAAGACCCAGAAAAAGGUGCGGGGUUAGUUGCCAUUGCCAUUGUUGUUGCCAUCUCCAUCUCCAUUGUCGUUGUCACCAUUACAAGCUUCUCGACGUCGAAGACCCAAAGAAAGAAGUUGCUUCAGAGUUGGUGUUUAGCACUGGAAGACGUGUUGGAUCCUUUUCGAAGUUCAUUAGCCCCAACAACGGUUGAAGCAUUGGUGUGUGCACAAAACUGGUUAAGAUUAAAACCCCUAAGCAGUGGCAAUGGUUAUGACGCAGAGACGGUUGAUGAUCCUGAAAGUUAUAGGCUCGAGUCAGAAAUAACUUUGAAGAACAUCGAUAUUUUGCUUGAGGAGGAUUAGUGAUGUGAAGACUAAAGAUUGAUGUUGCAUUUUGCUUGUUUUGUUUUGGAUUGGAUGUUGUUUGUGAGUCUGUAAGACUGUAACAACUGACAAGGCUGAAUGGGUUACUGGAUUUUGCUUGUUUGUAAUUGUGCUGGCUACUUAGGAUUUUA